CUACAGGCCUCUCCCCACGAACCUUUGUUGAAAAACGUCUGCUAACUGUUUAAGCACGUCUCUAACCUGUCACCUGUGACUGCCCUUGCUUUCCAAACUGCUCAAAACUUUCCAAACUCAGUCCCCGGAUCGAAACUACUUGUUGGUGAAGGACCAUUUGUUAAGAUCUUAGAUAUCGUUACUCGAGAGUCUAUCCUUAAACGUCGAAUAUUUUCCCGAGAACGAAUUCACGGAAUCACACUCUCACCACGCAAUCAACAAAACGUCUUGUUUUGGGGAGGAAGGAGCAUAUGUAUUACUGCGAUAACUUCUUUACCUAGGGAGGAAUGUGUCCCCCGAGAAAUUCGCGUACCAGACUGGGUUUUCUAUGCUGUAUUCAUUCCUUCUCCAACUUCGGCUUCAGGCGAAGAGGCGGUUGUCAUCACUGCCCACAAUGUGUUACUUAGAUACGAUAAUGCUUCGACAAGCUGGUACGAGCUAGCGUCUGGGGAGCGCUGUAUGCUAUAUUCCGCUCAUCUCCAUAUUGCGGCCGAUGCCCUCAAUUCCCAGGACCGAGUUCUAGUUGCAGCUGGCACUGUUUUUGGCCAGAUCAUACUAUGGUCGGCUGCAAUGGUCCCAUCAUCAUCAGGUAUUAAUGCCCUGAAAAAUCCCAAGACCUACCGUAGACUUCUCGGUCACGAAGGUUCUAUCUUUGGUGUUAACAUCUCACCCAAAUAUCAUGGCGGCAAGUGUUACCUCGCUUCCUGCAGCGACGACAGAACUAUUAGAAUAUGGGAUAUAUCCCAAUUUGACUCCUCGCUCCCUUUAUCAGAUGAUACAGAGAUAAAAAAGACAGGAUUUGGACAUGAAAUAGCACAGGAAGGUCGGUGUAUUUCCGUGGGUUGGGGUCACGGAGCGCGUAUUUGGGGUGUCCAGUUUCUCCCAGUAACCAAGGAGAGCUCGAUCGAAUUGCUUUCAAUCUCAGAAGACUUGACUUCGAGGUUUUGGGCAUUUGACCCGGGACAAGAAAAUUCCGGGAAUAUUGAACUGAAAAGUAUAGCUACCUACCGAUUACAUUCCGGCAAACAUAUUUGGAGCUAUGCUCUAGAUUUUGAAAGAGGGCUAUUAGCUACUGGUGGUGCAGAUGGGAAGAUUGGGCUGGUACGUUAUCGAGAUGACCAAGCAAGCCGAGAGGAGGCAUGGGGGAUGGAUUCUGUGUUAACACAGAUUGGGGAUUCUCGAGAGGGGCUCGGCGAGCCUAAUCACAAAGUUAAAAAGGCACAUGAUGCGUUUAAAGAAUACGCAGCUCUUGACAAUGACUGCUUUGCUGCAACAACUACUCUAGGUAGAGUUUUAACCUACAGACUCAGUCAGAAGAGGUGGGACCUACUCGGUCAGUGGACAGGACUAAAGGGUUGGAGCAUUUUGGCAUCCUGGGAAGACUCGGAUCUGAUUGUCCUAGGAGGCAACAAUGGCCAGGUUGGAGUUUUAGACACAGCAUCAAAGCAAGAAUGGUGGUGGCAGUCAAUGGCUGGUGAAAAUGGCAAAGUUGCAGGAGUAUUCCUCGGAAGAUACUAUAUCCUGACCACAGCUCUAUCGCCAGCAAUCUUUUCUUUACAUUCUUUCAAGAUGGAUCACUCGGAGUCACCACCAGUGCUAAUCGAUAGAGAAACGUUACUACUACAGUCACCUGCCCGGGCAGGAGACACGAAAUUCCUGGUAACCAGCCUGGCGAUCAGUCAAAGGACAGACCACCUAUUUCUCGGCUCCCGAACAGGGGCAUUGGCGAUUUAUGACUUAUCUUCUACAGUUAGUCCUCUGUGUGCACUUUCCCACACCCUCGUUCACCCAACAGACGCCAUAACCACAAUCCUCCCGCUGAAAUCCGGGAUUUUAACCACCUCCCGCAAUGGCGAAUACUCCCGCCUAUCCAUAUCUCCACCACCAAACAUCCGCCUUACAAAAACUCACGCCCUAAAACCCUCUUUCGUCAUCGAGGGCGCCAGGCAAGAGGACAGUUUAACCCUCUGGGGCUUCCACGGAAAGAACUUUACAAUAAUAGAUCAAACCUCCCAGCACGAAGUGCACUCGGUGGCCUGCGGUGGAGCGCAUAGGUCUUGGACACAUAGACUGAACUGGUACUUUGUCUGGACAAAGGCCGGGAAGGCCCACCUCGCGCGCACCUACCCACGUCGCAAGCUUUUGCAGUCGGGCCUCCACGGUCGAGAGGUCAAGUCCAUAGCAACACACGGUGAUCUCAUCGCUACUGGUGCUGAAGACACGCUCCUCUGCCUAUCAACGCUUUCCUCCUCCGGGCAAUUGUGCCCGUGUGCGGUUGUUGGCACGCACACUACAGGCAUCCACGCACUGCAAUUUACUCCCAGCGGAGAGUACUUAUUUUCCGCCGGCGGUGCAGGGGAACUACUUGCCUGGCGAGUCCGCUCCGCCAACGAGAUUGUUCUCGGAGGCACGUGCGAGGGUUGGAGCGAUCUUCGAGUUGAGGGCUUCGACCUAUUACCUGUCGAAGGAGUAGGAGAACGGGGGGAAGGGGGGAUGUUGCUUGCGAUCGGCUACUCAGAUUCUACCAUCCGUCUCUACAACUUCUCCCCAUCAACCGGAGCCUUCAACCUAGUGAUGAAGGGUACAUACAAGACCUGCUGCAUCCUACACGUCAAGUUCCUCCCCAACAACGAUGGGAUCCUAGUUGCCGGAACAGACGGGUAUCUGAGUAUCUAUCCGCUUUCGGAUCCAUUCUCUCCCACAUCCCCUCCACACCCGCUCCCACUUCCGCCGAAGUUGGUAGAAAAGCGCAUUCACCAAAGUUCAGUCAAAGCCCUCAGCGUAGCCUCCAGAGCGAACGGUGUCUACAUCUACACGGGUGGCGAUGAUUGUGCUUUCGGCAUUACCCGCGUCGAUACCAAAAACAGUGUUGCAGAAUCGUGGAUUGUGCCGAGGGCGCACGCUAGCGCCGUUACUGCUGUGGUGUGUGUUGGUGAGCACGUACUCACUGCUGGGGUGGACCAGCAGGUUAAGCUGUGGAAGGUGAGUGAGGGGGAAGAAGGUAUCACAGUUGAGAUGCGGGAACAGCGGGGGAGUGCUGUUGCGGAUAUUUCUGCUGCGGAGAUGGCUGGUGGUGGGAAAGUAGUGAUCGUGGGGGUUGGGGUGGAUGUUUGGGAGGCGAGUGAUGAGUUGUGA